AUGUCCGCACGCAUCAAUGGAGCCAGCGGUGCAGUUGCGGCUUUCUUCACAUACCAUGAUGACACGUCCGAGUCGGAUAUAGAGAUACCAACUGGGUUAACGGCUGACGAAGUGCACUACUCUAACCAGCCCACCGCCGACCCCGACACUGAUGUACCCAUUGACGGUGCAACAUUCAAUGUCUCAAUGGAGGAUGACCAACCUACCUCGGACUGGAACAACUACAGGCUGGACUGGAUACCCGGAAAAAGCGCCUGGUACAUGAACGGUGCCCAAUCGGCUGACACGGAAGUCAACGUACCGGACGCAGAGAGCAUGAUCAUUUUGAGCCUGUGGAGUAACGGAGGCACCUUCUCGGGGCGUAUGGAUACUGGGCAAGAGGCCUGGUUCGAUAUCCAAUGGGUUGAACUGCUCUUCAAUACGAGUGCUAGCGCCAGCACUGAUUCCGACGGGGAUGUAUGCUCGGUAGAGUCGUCGCCAGGCUCACCAGUACCCAAUGCCUCACGCGGCCUUCAAGAUCUGGUUGCUGGGCGUAUUUGGUGGGCUAUUGGGAUGGCUUCAACUGUUAGCUUCCUGGUGUUCAUAUAG